GUACUGCACAUCUAGGGUUAAGCACAGGAUAUAAUUCUUGCGUCAUGCAUGUACGCAUGCAUACUUUUCCAAGUGUUUGAGCUAUUUUGAUUAAUUAAUAAUAUAUUUAAAUGUCGUAAACAAAGUUAGGUUAAAAAUCAUCUUGACGUCAAAUUAAUGGCUCAUUUAACUGGCAAAAGUAUUUAAAAAAAUAUAUAUAAAUAAAAAAUAAAGAAAGAAAGAAAGAAAGAAAGAAAGGCUCUUACCAAAACUCUAUAAAUUGAGCACCACAUCACCAUUAUUAUCUUCAAAUAACAUCUACCAUACUUUUCUCUUUCUCUCUCUCUCUCUCAUACACACAGAGACACGCAGUAGGUGUUUCUCUCUCUAGAAAAAAAAGAAAAGAAAGAGAUGGAUAAGAAACCAUGUAUAUCUCAAGAUGUUGAGGUGAGGAAAGGACCAUGGACUAUGGAAGAGGAUCUGAUUCUCAUGAACUACAUUGCUAACCAUGGUGAAGGAGUUUGGAACUCUCUCGCUCGAUCUGCCGGGCUGAAGCGGACGGGAAAAAGCUGUCGACUACGGUGGCUGAAUUACCUGAGGCCGGAUGUUAGGCGUGGGAAUAUCACGGCGGAGGAGCAACUUUUGAUUAUGGAACUGCAUGCUAAGUGGGGUAAUAGGUGGUCGAAGAUAGCAAAGCAUCUGCCCGGAAGAACAGACAAUGAAAUAAAGAACUACUGGAGGACUCGAAUCCAAAAGCACAUAAAGCAGGCAGAUCAGAACUGCAGUACAGGUCAGCUUGCUGACGUCAGCAAUGACCAAGCCAGCACGAGCCAACUCUCCAGUUGCUGCCCUGCGGAUAACCAUACAGUUGAAUCCUACUCCCCUUCGUCCUUCAACGCGAACAUCGAGCCUUUUCAACCACCUUUCCCAACCGAAUCCAACGAAAACCUCUGGAGCAUGGAGGAUCUUUGGUCCUGCAGUUACUCAACGGCGAAUAAAUAUAUAUAUAUAUAUAUAUAUAUACAUGUGUGUGUGUAUGUAUAUGUGGUCCUAUAAAAUCGAUCGUCCGUCCGCGGUAAAGUGUCUCUCAAGAAACCUAUAUUAAACGAAAAACGAUGAAUCCGGUCCGGUGGUAUAUAGAUGAAUUAAUUAGUUAAUAUAUAUCGAGUACGCCUUUAUAAUUUCUGGUUCUUGAAUUUUUAAGUGUUGACAUGUAAUAUAUUAUAUAUAUAAAUAUAUGAUAUGGUUUUAUGAUGAUGAAUUAA